UCUCUAAGCCCCCAUCCCCAACCAUGUCCUGCCAUGAGAACUUCUCCCUCAUUCAUGCCCACGCGCCUCCGACGCUCCCAUCCGAAAAUUCCAUAUCUCUUCUCCGAACCCCGACCACAAUAAAGAAACCCGAACCCGAGUACCGCAAAGACAGCGAAGAGUGGUCGGACACGGCGCUCGCUUGUCUACUCGAGGCUUAUACUGAAAAGUUCAACCAACUCAACCGCGGGAGAGAUUGGGAGGAGGUUGCGGAAGCCCUUAGCGAAAGACGCGCCGGCGGCGCAGACGAAGAUAGAGGGGAGAAGCAGAAGACAGGGAAGAGCGUGGAGCAGUGUAAGAAUAAGAUUGAUAAUUUGAAGAAAAGAUACAAGGUGGAGCUGCAGAGGAUUAGUGGCGGUGGAGGGAGUAGCCAUUGGCAUUGGUUUAAACAAAUGGAAGCAAUAAUGGGGAAUUUGGGGAGUUGCAGUAGUGGAAGAGGUUUGGAGGGUGAGGACAGAAGUGGGCUUUCUAAUCUUGGCAAGCAAGCUACUAAGAGUUACUUGACUAUAUUCUUUGAUUUUUUUUUUUUAAUUGUUUCAAUUGUGGUAUUUUAAAUGUACGCAACUGUAUCUAUGAAAUUUAAGACUGGCUUAUAUAUCAUCACUCUCUUGCUA